CUCACAGAGAUCGCCUGCUCUGCCUCCCCAGUGCUGGGAUUAAAGACGUACACCACCACUGCCCGGCUGAAACUUUGCUUCUUGUUGUAUUUCAACUAUUGCAUUAUUCUGCAAGUUCCUUCAUCUUUCAUAACUAGUCACUAAGCUCACACAUGUACAAAUUCAGAAUUGAGCUGGGUGUGUGGUGUAUGCCUAUAAUCCCAGGACUCAACACUGAACUUCAGACCAGUCUGGGCUAAGAAAGCAGGACCCCUUGUCAGAAAACCAAAAGUAAACAGAACAUUAUUGCUUAUCAUGUGUUCAAGACCAGAAAUUACAGAUAAUGCCCCCUUCCCCAUGUUGGGCACUACCACUUCAAGUACUUGCUACCCUGGUACCUUUAUUCCCUCCGGGUGCCCAGCAGUUUUGUGAAUGUUGAGGGUUUGCCAUCUCCAGCUGGGAUCUGUUGUCCUGUGGAAAUUCUCCCAAGGUUUUUCCCUUGGAAAUCAUAGUAUUCUUCCUGCUCCAGUAGGGCCUCCCAGCUCUCACAGUGCCAAGCUGAUGUCUGAACUGUCAGCCAUGGGGCUUGCUCAGCUGCAGAGGUGUGAGGAUAAGGGAUCUUCUGCCUCCUUGAAAAUGGAAGGCCUCCUGUGGCCCGCAUAAUUGGCCUGCCUCACUUCAGCUACCUCUUAAAGCCCAGGUCGGGGUUACAGCUGUUUCUCAGCAUGGUAGGCUAGGAGGCUAUAAUGUCUUUGUAGAAACUUGGCUAUUAGCUCCAUUUCUAGGCCCCCAGGGCAAUGUCUAGAUGGUAAUCUCUUCUUUCCCACUGACCAAAUCAACAGUCAUUACAGCUGCUCUGCUUUCCAAAGUCAGCCCAGGAGCCUGGGCCAGCUGCAGGGAGGUGGCCUAUCGUGAGUGAGGGCCAGUACCUUCCUCACUUGGGUGAGUCCCAUGCACAUGACCUCAUUUUAGGACCAAGAUCUGUGUUGGUUUGUAAGAUUGUUAGCUUUUUCUCUAGAGGACCACAGUGGGUGAGACCCAGGGCCUGUGGCUGUGCCGGCAGUACUAUUUAGGUCCUUGUCCAGUUGAGAGCUUCAUGUACACCAUGUCAGCAGCACUUCUUAUUUAUGUUUUCCAUGAGGUUUUGGACCAUGGGUGUGGCUCAGGCACUUUCUGUGAGAAUGUUGUUUCUGUAAAGAUGGUUAUUUAGCCCUUCCCUAUCCCUACCUUGUCAGUCGUACUGAGGGCUGACCAGAGGUCAGUGGGGCUGCCCAGGUGUCUGCAGGGAGGCUGGGGCCUGCUGAGCGCUGCUCCAGCCUCCCACCUUAACAGCAUGGGUGGAGCCCCAGCACCUGACCACCCUUCUUGACCAGCCCGGGAUAGGAGGGAGGGCUGCCUCUGUCCUCAUAACUGUUUCUUUUGCCACCCACACUUAUUUGAGGUUGUGCUGACAGCUUGUUGUUUUUGUUUUUUUCUUCUUCCCUUCCCAGUCUACUUUUCGUAUCACAACAGCCAGGGACUUGAUACUGAUGUAUUUUACACCACAUUAAAUAGUCUGUUGCCUUACUUGUAUCUCUGCUGAUCGGAUCGUUGGAUGUUUCUGGAUCCGUCUAGUCCUCUCCAUUGUUAUGGACUUGUCUGGAUCAGCAAAUUGGCCAUGGCAGUGUCCUGGCAUCCUGCCUAUUCCAGAAUGUCUUGCCUUCUACUGGCCACCACAAGUUCGGGACCCAGACAGAUUACCUGAACUGUUUUCUCUUGCAUGGAACAUCAAAGGACUUUUAAGUAACUGUUUUAAUUUCAGCAUGGUGUGGUGCACACCUGUAAGCCCGCACAGGAAGGCUGAGGAGGGGUUGCUGCGAGUGUAGGGCUACCUUGGACUACGGCAGUUAGGGUUAUAGACUGAAGCUCUGUCUCAACGGAGGGGUGUUCCCUUAAUCCAAGGGGAAGGCAGGAGGGUCUGCAUGUCGUGGUCCAGGGUGCCAUGGUGAUACCUUGUCACAGAAAAAGUGGGGUGGAGGGGUAGCUGCCAAGUGGCUCACUCGAUGGAGUUGCUCUGUCCCUAGGCCCCACAUGGAGAGAAUGCACCCCAAGUUGUCUUGUGCUCUCUAAGCACAUCUUCACACAGCCACAUGUGUGCACACAGUAAAUAUAUAUGGUUUUAAUUAAUUAGUAGCUAGUGAGAGGGAAGGCUCUUGUAAAGUGGGGAGGCCCUGAAAAGGACAGGAGUUUAAUGACCUCAUUUAAUAAUUGGUUGAACCUGGCAUGGUAGAAUAUGUCUUUCAUCCCAGAGGUAGAGUCAGGCAGAUCUCUUGUUGAGGCCAUCUUAGUCUACAUACCAAGUUUCAGCCCAGCCAGGGAUCAUGAGACCUUGUCUCAAUAAAAUAAAAAGAUUUCCCUACGAACAUUUUCCAGGGUGUUCAGGAGGGUGGGGGAAAAGAUGAGGUUUAUGCCUGGAGUUUGGGCGUCACAUUGGGAAAUAUGAACCAGACUUAGAGGGCAGGAAGGACCCACUGAAGGAAGAUAUUCAAACUGGGAGCUGAGCAAAGGGGUAAGUAAGUUAUUGGGUCUGUGCCAUUGACAACCUAUUAUGACGUUGGCCUUCCUGGGGGUAGUGCUCAAAGACUUGGGUUCCUUAAUUCAGCUGCUUUCCUGUAGGAGAGAACCUACUGAUGGCAUCACCCAGCGUCUGUCCUCUCUGGGUUGGCUAGACAGAAAAAAUGGAAGUGUUCAACAACAGCUUUAUAGGAGCUUUGCGAGCCAGCUCACUGGCCCAGAAGGGCCUUACCUUGGCCCCUCCUAGACGGGCGGUAGAUUGAUAUUCCAUGCACAUCGCACACCACACUGGUUCCAAAGAUCCUCCAGAACGGUGGAGGGGACUCUCUCCUGCUCCGACUCUGGAGCUUCCAAGCAAAGCAGCUCUGCCAAAGCUGCUGGCUCCGGGAAGGGGCUGGAGGUGGGAACCCUGCAGGUGCUUCUGCGCCCUCUGCCACUUGGAUGGAGGAGCCUGGCACCACUCCAGCAGCCCUUGUAGGAGAGGAAAGGGGCAUCCCCGUUGUCCUCUCCCUCUGGCCCUAGAGUGGUCUCGGUGUUUAAAGCACCUGGGAAAGAUUCCUAUUUUGGUGUCUCCAGAAGCAACACCUCUGGGUACCCAGCAGCCAGUGGCCCAGGUCAGGGAAUCCUGUUGUUGCUAAGGGGAAGAGGAAUGUGUUGCCUAGGUCUGGGCAGCCUGGCUAAGGGUGCUACUCUCCUGUGGCAUUGGAUGCUGCUCUGGAGGACUGAGCCAGGAGCUCUGCCAGGUCUUUAAAUAGAUGCCUCAGUGAUGGAGCCUCCCUCCCUCCUGGCCAGCACCACAGCCAACAGUUCUGGGUCAGGCUCCUUCAAGAGCUCAGGUUGCCAGGUCUCCUGCCUACUCUGCUUCUCCCUGCAUAGGAGGUGGGGAGAGGUCCUGUCAGCUCAUCGGCACUUACCAGCUAGUGUCUGGGUGUGAUGGGACAGUGAUACUGCCCAGGAAUGCGUGAAGAUUGGUUAUUUUCAGUGAAAUCGGGAUAAUAAUGAUGUCUCAGGACUAUAAGGAUUAAAUGUACAUGAAAGGCUUAACAGGGUGCUUGGAUACAUGGCUGUCUUUGUUUCUUCUGUUGGCUGCUGCUUAUCUUUCUUUUAUACUUACAUAUUGCCUAUACUGACACAUCCAAUUAUUCCCAUCACCCUCCUCCUGCACACAAAGCCACCACCAUUUUGUAAGGGAUUCCCUCCAAACGCGACAAGGAACGGAAAGUAUUUUAAAUCCGUAUCCCGCAACUAACAGAGUCCCCUUAGUUCAUAGGGUGAGAAGAACUGUUAGUCGACCUGAGGACUUUCCUCCCGUUCAGCUCCCUGUGAACCCAAAGAGGGCUACUUUCUCUUUAAAUGCAAAUCACCUCCAGCCAGCUUAGCUCCCACGAGCUCCGGCUCCACCGAGGAGAGAGAAAGCAAGGUAGAGAGAGAUUACAAAGAAGCACCAUUCCUCAUUCCAGACCCCAGACCUCAGGCUUAAGGUCCAACAAGCACACCAUGGAUGACAAAAAGAAGAAACGGAGUCCUAAGCCCUGCCUGGCCCAGCCAGCACAGGCCCCAGGCACACUACGGAGAGUCCCUGUGCCCACCAGCCACAGUGGUUCCUUAGCCCUGGGACUCCCUCAUCUGCCAUCACCCAAGCAGCGAACCAAGUUCAAGAGAGUAGGCAAGGAGAAAUGCCGACCGGUGCUGGCCGGAGGUGGCAGCGGCCCUGCAGGCACACCCCUGCAGCACUCAUUCCUGACCGAGGUGACAGACGCCUAUGAGAUGGAGGGGGGGCUGCUGAACCUGCUCAAUGACUUUCAUUCAGGCCGCCUGCAGGCCUUUGGGAAGGAAUGCUCCUUCGAGCAGUUGGAGCAUGUGCGGGAGAUGCAGGAGAAGUUGGCCAGACUGCACUUCAGCCUGGAUGUGUGUGGGGAGGAGGAGGACGAGGAAGAAGAAGACGAUGGGGUCACGGAGGGCUUGCCUGAGGAGCAGAAGAAGACAAUGGCUGACCGCAACCUGGACCAGCUGCUUAGCAAUCUAGAAGAUCUUAGCAAUUCCAUUCAGAAGCUGCACUUGGCAGAGAAUGCUGAGCCUGAGGAGCAGCCAGCGUCAUAGGUGUCGGAACCAGGCCUACUGCUUCUCUCCUUCCCUUCAAACUGUGACUUUGUACGGACUCGGGAGGGUAUUCCGCAGCCCCCCAGGUGCUAUGAGGUGGGGGGCACUGGAUGGAAUUAAACAAACGGAAAAGCGA